AUGGCAAGACCCAUCCCUGACAUCAACCUGCGGGACAUAUCAAAGCUUAACGAAGCGGACAUCAAACCUGCGAACAGCAGAACGUACAUUGACGCGGCAGUGGGUAGAAUAUCAGGGAGCAGUCCCAGCAGGAACCUCGUGGUAGGGACCUUGUCCGGGUGGUUGGCAGGAGUGACUGUUAUAAGAGUAGGCAAGGUUGCAGCAUUUGGCUUGGGCGGAAGUAUCAUACUCUUGCAUUUCGCGAGUGAGUAUGGGUAUAUUAAUGUGAAUUGGGAUAGGGUAAGGGAGUCUGCGGGCCGCAGCCACGCCUGGGUCGAGAAGAUUGUGCGGUUCGUGAGAGAUAACAGCUGCUACUCUGUGGGAUUUGUUGGUGGAUUCUUCUUUGGCAGAUCGAGCCUACCCGGAACACCAUUGUCAACUACCAUCACGGAACCACCAGAACGUCCGCCCAUACCACCAGACCCCAUUCCUCCACCAGCAACACCCAUAGCACCUCUACCAAAACCAAUGGAGCCAUUUAAACCAACGGAAGAACCAAAUCCUUUUUUAGAAAAGCCUACUUUUCUAAGUCAACCAAAACCUAUAUCACACUCUCCUAAAAUCUCCCCAUCAUCUAUACCCAACCCUAGUCCAAGCGUCACAGCUACCAAACAAGCAGAACCGGGAUACCCAAACUACAACAGCUAUUUGUACUCAAUACCAGGAUACUCGGCGUUUCAACCAGUGUCUUUUCCCGGAGUGGUACAACCCAAUCAGGCACCAAUAGUACAAAACGAAACUAGCAGCAACGAUUUUGUACCAUUUCCAACGAUGGCCACAAAAGAAAUCAUAGUAGAAGAAAAGAAAAACACUGAAACCAAACCGGACAUGGAAACUCAACCAAGUCAUUCACAAAAAGAUAUACUUAAGCCACAAACUGAUUUUGAAGAACAUUUCACACCUGAAAUCAUUCCAGCAGUAUCUGUUACUGAAACUAGUCAAAAAACUGAAUGCAAACUAAGUAUAACUUCUUUAACACAAGGCUCUGGAUCAACGGUGACCAUUCCUUCUCAAAUACCUAGCAAAGAUAAUAAAACUAAGACACCUGAACGGUUUAGUUUAAAGACAAGCAUUCCAAUAAGUAAAUUAGAUUUAAAAUGCGUCAAUACACCACCAGAUCCUAUAUUUACAAAUGCUGUUCCAAAAAAGGUACAUGCGAAUCAGCCCUUUCCGAAUCUCAAGCCUGACAACAGUUCGAGAGUAGAAAUACAAAGCAAUAUUAUUAUUAAGACAGCACAAGAAUCGGAAAAUACAGAAAUGAAACCAAAUUCACAAAACAACAGCAUUAGCACACUUAUUAAUGCUGCAGAAGCUAUUAAUAAAACAGAAGCUCAAUUUAAGAAGCCUGAUCCUAAAUCUGAAGUGACGAAUGAUGCUAAAGAUACAUCAACUCCACCGAUAACAACACAAGCAUCUAAUGCUAUUUCAAGACCAUUAUUCAACCCCAUUAACGUAGAAACUAACAAAAAUAAUUUUGUUAAUAAACCACCAGAUGGAUCAUUUAACGAACAAAAAAAUCAAAUAUUGUUCAUACAAAACAAAAAUACAUCGAAUCCUAAAAUGUUGCUAACCAUCCAGCAACAAAACCCUCAAGUUUUACUUCAAAGAACUAACUUCGAUUCAAAAAACCUGCAAGCUCCUUCACGAUUGUCAAACCAAAGUAAAAAAUGUAAAGAAGAAGUCGUCAAUGACAGCGGCAACUCGUCAAAAGUCGUUGCUUUAAAACGGCUCCAUCAAGAAAACUGUGAUGAAAAUGAUUUUGAGAACUUAAUUACAGAGAAUCAAAUAUAUGGUAAUAAGAUAGUCGUGAAGGAGAAGUCGCAGGGAACAUUACAAGAGCAAGACUUGAAAAAUAAGGCUAAAAUAGACAAGCCCAUACAAAAUGAGACAAAAAACGUUGUUUUACAGCCAAAUUUUCUAUACCUUAGUAACGUACAAUUCCCAGCAAAUUUGAUGAUGAUUAAAAAUAAUUCUAAAGUAACACAAAACAACGACAUAAUUAAAGCAAAUAAAGUAAUAUCAAAUGAAAAUAAAGUGUCAGAAUCAACUACUACAGUAACUAACGUAGAUUCUAAUUCACAAGUAAAAACUAAUAAAUCGCCAAAUAUUACAGUUAGCAAAGAGAUACAUGUGUUGAAGUCAAGUAAUAAUGUCCUACAAACGUUGUCAAAUAAAAAUAAUAAAACGGAUCUAGUAUUUCAAACAUCAAAUCAGAAAGUUAUAAUGAAUCCUCAAAUAGUAUAUCAAGUCCCAAUGAUCGUCGAAUCUGAUAAUAAGCUGAACCAGCCAUUUAUAAAUAUGGAUUAUUCUAAAUUUGUUAGCCAGAACAAAAAGGACUUUCCCAAGCCUUUCGAACAGAAUAAAACUGAUAAACUUUUUAUAGCAUGUCCUUAUCAGAUGGAUUCAAAAUUACAACCAAAGAUAGUUAUUACAAAUAUAAGACCCAAGAUCUCUAAAAUCGACGAAGUCAGUUCGUUAGAUAUAUACGAGAAACGAAAAAGACUGCGUCGGCUCAAAUAUUUGAGUAACCGUGAUUCAAAAGAACAAAAAGGUGAUGUAAAGAAAUCGCAAGAGAAAGAGAAAACAGACAUUCGUAAAAAUAUAAUAACUCCGGAAAAAAUGACUGCCGAGAUCUUCAAAGAGUUCGCUAAUUCGAAAGUUACUGUAGGUGAAGGAGUCAGUGAUAGCGACAGUGACUACGGUGAAGAUGAGUUGAAAGAAUACAACUCAAUUAUAAAGGAGUUCGCUGAGAAAACAGAAAAUGAUGUCGGAAAAGUGGAAUUUAUGUCUUGCCUCAGAUUAGCUACUCUUGAAACAUACAAAGAAAAAGAGCUAGAGCGUCAAGAGAAGAUUUUGAGAUGCGACUCUGUUGCGUCGGCGUACAUAGCAGCUGGUCGGCUGGAUAAAAUAGUCCACGAGGAGAUCGCACCAGAAGCGCCUAUUUUAAGAAAAGCCCUGGCUCCAAAGAAGAUUAAUGAUACAAAACCGAAAGAUCCAGAGAAUGGCAUCAGUUUGCAACGAAAACAAAUGUUCCUGUCUCAGCUGAAGUUGGUGCAAGUCCCGUCACAAUACAAAGAAGGAUAUGAGAGAGUCUGGCAAGUCAUUCUAAAGGAGAGGAAGCAGCGAGAGGGAGGUGUCCAUAACGACGCUAAAGUGAAGCAAACAAGACAAGACGUGGACUGGGAUACCAACGGGCAACUGAAGAUGCUGACCGAGAUCAAGAACUGUGUCAACGAAAACAACAACUUAGUCAAAAGGAGAUUGGAUUCCAACUCCAAUGGCAUGGACGGCGACAGCAUACGAGUGUUGGCAGAAAAGAAUUUUUCGGAGCUGAACAGACUUUCCAAGAUGGCCGACAGAAGCGUUAAGCUAUUCAGUGGCCAGGAGACUAGGAAACGAGAUCUCAAUCCUGGGUUCGACAGCGAGAAUAUCCAAAACCCCCAAUCAAAUAUUGACCAGAAGUGUUAUCCCAGUAUUAAUAUACCUAAUAUAUCUAAGAUUAUAUCGUUGAAGACGACACAGGAGCAGAAUACUGUGGUUUCGACACAAGCGACAUCUAUGGACGAACCACAGAGCUCCGCUGCGGGGGUGAAGGAGAUGUUUAGGGAAGGACGGAAAGCGAGCAGUGUUCAAGACUUCAGUUGUCAGGUGGAGGAAACAAUGCCCUGGCCGGGAUUGGAAACGGUCAUGAAGAGUUAUAAGGAGUUUGAUGCAGGUAUGAGGGAGAUAGCGGACCUGCACCGUCGCAACACGUCCCUACGAGUGGAGUGCGCGCACGUGACUCGCGCCGCGUCAAGGGACUCGGACCGUGCGCGCGCGCUGCUCGCCGAGCGACAGAAUUUAGCGAUUGAAGAGAAUACGCUGCCCGUGAAGGCGAACGCGAGACUGUUGGCAGUAGGAACCGCCAGCGACAGUGGCGCCCUCUGCACCGCGGCCAAAUACGACACCGAACCAGUCUGA